AUGUGUAUUACCUAUUUUACUUUUACAUUAUCAACGUUUAUUGCACCAUUUGUGGUAAGCUAUUUGACAGCUAAAUGGGCAAUGUUUUUUGCAAGCGUAUUGUAUACAACAUUUAUGCUUGCAUUUAUGCUUAUCAACAGCUAUAUCUUUUAUAUUACAUCUGCUUUAAUGGGUUUUGCAGCUUCUCUUAUUUGGACCGGUCAUGGUGUUUAUAUGAAAGAAAUAACAACGUCAGGUAAUGAAUCACGAAAUAGCGGUCUUCAUUGGGGCAUCAAUUUCAUAAGCCUUUUGUUUGGUGGCGUACUUUUACUUGUGAUAUUCAAUAAGAAUGGAGAAGCAGAAAUGAUAUCAGUGGAACUGAUUAGGCAAAAGUGUAAAAUUGUUUACCGACAUAAAGGUGUACCUAUUAGCUGUGGAUGCUUUGUUAGUUUCGUAAGUAAACAUAUCAACAACUUUGGUUACAUGCCGACAAUGUUCAUGGCUUUACCAUUGUAUCUAGCAGGUUGUUUGAAUGUCUGCUUAUAUUUUCCUAAAUAUGCAAAUUUGGGGCCGACGAAUGAUGCGACGUACUUAUCACCAAGCCUCUCCAUGUGGCUUAUCAUUGGAAUGUUGAUAUGCAUUAGUGAUAGUUUUUGGAAUACGCUACGAACGGCUGUCCUUACGAAAAUGUACAGUCAUGAUAGUUCGUCGCAAAUUUUUGCAUUAACAUUGUCAGUUCAACCGGUUGGUGCUUUAUCGUCUUAUGGUUUUGUGGUAAAUAAGCGGAAUUUAGAUAUUUCGAAUACAUACAAGGAAAGAAUGUCGGAAACAUCGGAUCCUGUAACCGUAACAACAGCAAUAGCAACGGCGAAUAAUGCAGAAGAGCAUGAUUCAUCAUCAUCGUAUCAUACGGUAUCCAAGAGUAUACGAUUCUCGUCUGAUGCUUCUUUGCCGGAUGGAGAAGUUACGCAUAAGGGAAAAGAUCUCGUCUCAGUAUGCAUUUGA